AUGGCUAGCAGUAGCAGAAACUCCUCCAUUUCAGCUCUCAAAAAUUAUAACUAUGAUGUGUUUGUGAGCUUCCGAGGUGAAGACACUCGCUACAAUUUCACUGAUUUUCUUUUCGACGCCUUUCAAACAAAAGCCAUUUUUGCAUUUAGAGAUGACAAUAAUCUUCCAAAAGGUGAAUCCAUAGCACCCAAGCUCCUUCGUGCAAUCCAACACUCUCAAAUCUAUGUUGUUGUCUUCUCAAAGAACUAUGCUUCCUCACCUUGGUGCUUGCAAGAACUGGAAAAGAUAUGUGAAUGCUAUCAAGUGCCCGGAAAACAUGUUCUUCCCGUUUUCUAUGAUGUUGAUCCUUCUGACGUCAGACAUCAAAAAGGAAUUUAUGCUGAAGCCUUUGCCAAAUAUGAAAACAGAUUCCAGUAUGACUCUCAUAUGGUGCUAAGAUGGAGGAAAGCUCUAACAAAGGUUGCAAAUCUCUCUGGAUGGGAUCUACGUGAUAAGCCACAAUCUGCAGAGAUUAAAAAGAUGGUUCAAAAGAUAAUAAAUAUAUUGGAUUGCAUAUCUUCAUCUUUUUCAAAAGAUUUAGUUGAAAUUUGCGGGACGGGAGGAAUAGGGAAGACAACUCUUGCUACUGUUUUAUAUGAUCGAAUCUCUCAACAAUUUGGAACAUGUUGUUUUAUUGAUGAUGUCAGUAAAAUUUAUAGACUACAUGGUCCACUCGGUGUACAAAAGCAAAUUCUAGAUCAAACUGUCGGUCAAGAGCACCAUCAGGUAUGCAAUCAUUACAACGCAGCUAAUCUGAUACGACGUAGGCUCUGUCGUCAAAAGGCCCUUAUGAUUUUUGAUAAUGUUGAUCACAUUAAACAACUGGAAAAAAGUGUUGUGCAUCGUGAAUGGUUAAGUGCCGGUAGUAGAAUCAUUAUCAUUUCUAGAGAUGAGCAUAUAUUGAAACAGUAUGGGGUGGAUGCAGUUUACAAAGUUCCUCUCUUGGAUUGGGCCAACUCUCUUCAAUUAUUGUGUCGAAAAGCUUUCAAACUCGAUCACAUUUUAAGUAGUAGUUAUGGAGGGUUGGUUAAUGGUAUACUAAAUCAUGCCAAUGGCCUGCCACUAGCAAUUAAAGUAUUGGGUUCAUUUUUGUUUGGCCGAGAUAUAUCCGAAUGGAAAAGUGCAUUGGCUAAUUUGAGAGGAAAUCCAGGCAAAGAUGUCAUGGAUGUGCUCCGAUUAAGUUUUGAUGGGCUAAGGGAGACAGAAAAAGAAAUAUUUCUUCAUAUUUGUUUUUUCGACAUGCAUAUGGAGAAAUAUGUUAAAAAUGUGUUAAAUUGUUGUGGAUUUCAUGUUGAUAUUGGAUUAAGGGUUCUCAUUGAUAAGUCACUCGUAAGCAUUGAAGGUGAAAAGAUUGUAAUGCACGGUUUGUUGGAAGAGCUAGGCAGCAAAAUUGUUGCAGAAAACACAAGCAAAGAGCCCACAAAAUGGUUCGACAAACAACGCUACGAUGUUAGGUUGGAAAAUAUGGAAAAGAAUGUUGAAGUAGUGCUGCAGCCUCAAAUAAUGACAGUGAUUCUGAAAGUUUACAUGCAUUGUGAAGGUUGUUCACAAGAUAUCAAAAGACGCAUUGAGAGAAUCAAAGGAGUGGUAUCAGCAGAACCGGAUCAGAAGAACUCACUAGUGACAGUGAAAGGAGUAUUUGAAAAGGAGAAAUUAGUUAAAUAUGUUUACAAGAGAACCGGAAAACAAGCGGUGAUAGUGAAACAAGAGCCGGAGAAGAAAGAAGAAGCAAAACAAGCGGUGAUAGUGAAACAAGAGCCGGAGAAGAAAGAAGAAGCAAAACAAGCGGUGAUAGUGAAACAAGAGCCGGAGAAGAAAGAAGAAGCAAAACAAGCGGUGAUAGUGAAACAAGAGCCGGAGAAGAAAGAAGAAGCAAAACAAGCGGUGAUAGUGAAACAAGAGCCGGAGAAGAAAGAAGAAGCAAAACAAGCGAUGAUAGUGAAACAAGAGCCGGAGAAGAAAGAAGAAGCAAAAGAAACUAAGGAAGAAGAGAAGAAAACUGAGGAGAAGGACGAGAAUGAGAAAGGAAGUGGUGAAGGAGAGGAAAAGAAAGAAGCUGCACCGGGAGAUGAAAAACUAGGUGGUGGCGGAGGCGGUGGUGAUGGAGGUGGUGUUGGAGGUGGUGGUGAUGGAGGUGGUGAUGAAGGUGGUGGUGGUGCAGAAGAAACCACGGUUGUUGAAGUGAAGAAAAAUGAAUAUAAUAGUAAUCCACAUAGUAUGGAGUUUAAUGCUUUUCAUGGACCAGCUUACCCUCUACAGAUUUUCAGUGACGAGAACCCCAAUGCUUGUUCUGUAAUGUAA